AUGCGUCUUCUCGCCAUAUAUGCAGCUCUGCUCGCAGUGGUCGCCGCUAGUGCUCAUAAGAUGACCAAGCGCGAGAUUGGCGAAUACCAACUGGAGGCAGCAAAGCGUUGGCAAACUAGCGGCUCUCAAAGUCGGAGCGUGAAGCGCAGUGGUGUCCAGAAUAUCACAUUCACGAAUCCAAAGGCCUCAGAAUUUUAUGUCGAUGGCACAUCCCUUCCUCUAGUCGACUUCGACGUCGGUCCUAGCUGGGCAGGUCUUUUACCUAUCAGCAACAGCCCUAACGAGACUCGUCAGCUCUAUUUCUGGUUGUUUCCUCCCGGCCCCGAAGGGAGUCUUGAUGAUCUAAUCUUUUGGACAAACGGUGGCCCUGGUUGCUCCUCCCUCGAAGGUUUGCUGCAAGAGAAUGGGGUGAAUCAACAGAGCUGGACCAACCUAUCCUCCGUCCUUUGGGUGGAGCAACCCGUUGGAACGGGAUUUUCUCAAGGCAUCCCAGACGCACAGAACGAGGAUGAUGUUGCUACUCAAGUCGUCGGCUUCUUGCAGCAGUUCCUUGAGGUCUUUUCGGAGCUCAAAGGCAAAAAGCUGUAUUUAACGGGUGAAAGUACCAAUGAAGAUAUUGCUAACUAUAUCUACGAGAACCCCACUCAAUUAGACCUCUCGUUGCAGGGAAUAUGGAUCAGUGAUCCUUCGAUAUCGUGGGAUGUGGUGCAAGAGGAGAUCCCUGCAGUGGACUUCGUGAACAAAUACGCCGGUCUCUUUUCUUUCAAUCAAACGUACAUGGACUACCUCAACGAGAAGGCCGCGACGUGCAAUUACACUGGCUACAUGGAUCAGUACGUCACAUACCCUCCAACAGGCUGCGAUGUCUGGGAUGACAUUUUCUAUAAUGCAUUGAUUAUCAACCCUGCUUUCGAUAUCUAUCGCAUCUGGGAUACUUAUCCGAUUCUAUGGGAUGUCUUAGGUUUCCCAGGGUCAUUCCCACAGACGCAGUCUCCGAUCUACUUUAACCGAAUAGACGUCAAGGAAGCUAUCCACGCGCCUGUCGAGACACAGUGGUCGGAAUGUUCCAAUAUCAAUGUCUUUCCCAACGGAGACAGCAGCUUGCCUCCUGCCUUCACUGUGUUACCGAAUGUUAUAGAGAAGAACCAGCGGACCGUCAUUGUGCACGGUCUCGCCGACUUCAUUCUCAUUGCUGAUGGAACUAGAAUUGCCAUUCAAAAGAUUCCACAGUUUGCGCCAGUGGCCGCCUUCCAGAUUAUGCAGUACUUGAUGGGCUUUAGGGACACGCCUUAG